CAACAGCCAGUUGCUUGCCGGUCUUCGAAGAUGUCUGAAGUUGUUUGUGUUGACGUUCCGUCGCGCUUGAUUACCGAAAAAGACUUUUUGCUGCAAUUUAUCUCUCUGUAUCGUGAGUUUCCAGAAUUGUGGAAAAUAGGAUCAGAAGGAUAUCGGGAUAAAAAGAAAAGAGCCCUGGCAAUCAACAAAAUAGCAGAAGUGUUGCGUCUUUCUCAGCCUUAUAUUACCCGGGAGGAUGUUAAAAGGAAAAUAAAUAUCUUACGCACAACAUACAACCGGGAGAGCAAUAAAAUAAGAAAAUCGAAGCAAUAUGCGUCUUCUCCGGGAGAAAUAUAUGUCCCCAAGUUGUGGUACUUUACUGAACUUUCAUUUUUAGAUAACCAGCUAGAAGAGGAAGCCGCAAUUGGUGCAAUCGAAAAUCAGGUCAUUGAUGAAGGUGAAAUUGAUCACAGCAACGCUGAUGUGGUGAAUGAACUUUGUACGCCUUCUGUGUCCUUUGUCACUUCUGUGGCGAAACCAGAGCCAAGAAUGAAGAAAAUUAAAUUGGAUCCCAUUGCUCGACAGAAAGACCCAUUACACAUAACCCACUCAUUUUCGGAGAGGUCUAGCAGCAAAUCAGAGCAAGAAAUCCCAACAAUUGUUAAAGUGUGGUGUGAAAAACUAUUAACUCUGGACCCUCAGCAGAGGAUAUUUGCUGAGAAAGCAAUUAAUGAUGUGCUUUUUGAGGCUUCCCUUGGUACACUGCAUAGACAUUCAGUGACAAUAAACAGCAGCCCUUUGCUGAGUAGUCCUUCAGCUUCAUCACCAAGAAAAACAUUCUGUGCUUCAUGUUCUGCCUCAUUGGCAGUAGGAACUAGAGAGUCCUUUCAAGAGGCUAAGGAUACUGAAAAAGACAGUACAUCUUAAAUAUCCAAAGAUAAUCUGUAUCCAACAUUGUAAUUAGUUUUCUAUACUUUUCUGUAUCAUAUUGAAGAAAAAUA